ACGCUCUCUUUCGCGUCGAGUUCCCAACACUCAACGCAGCAACCUCGAGCUUGCACAUUGGUCGAACAAUUGCCAUUGAGAAUUCCACAAUGUCGGAAGAGACAGCAUUACCGAAGCCCGUCAUCUACUGCGGAGUAUGCAGUCUACCACCUGAAUACUGCGAGUUCGGUGGUACAACCAAAAAAUGCGAGGAAUGGCUUGAGGAGGCACAUCCAGAUCUGCACGCGAAGCUGUAUUCAGCAGAAGCGCUACAGCAGAACAUGGCCUCUCUCUCCGUCGACGCCCAAAAACGAGCGGAAAAAGACGCGCAAAAGAAGGCUGCCAAAGCCGCAACCGCCGAAGCACGAGCAGCUGAGACGCGCGCCUCUUCCAAGAUCCUGAUCAAGCGUAUCGAGCGCAACAAGCGGAAAUAUGUUACAGCUGUACAAGGUCUCGAGGCAUUUGGCCUGGACAUCAAAAAGGUCGCCAAGGACUUCGGCAAGAAGUUUGCGACAGGAUCAAGUGUUACCAAGAUCCCAGGCGGCGGCGAGGAAAUCACAGUGCAGGGAGACUUGAGUGAGGAAAUAUUGGAAUUCUUGGUGGACAAAUACGAAGGUGUGCCAGAAGACAAUGUGGAGAUGAUCGAGGACAAGAAGAAGAAGAAGGCCGAGGGUGUUUGAGGAGGUGCGAAAUGAGUACAUGGUGUGGAAGAUUAUGACUAGUAGGCGUUGAGAUGGAGUACGGAUGAUGGCAUCUGUAGCAGCAUAAAUACUGGAGUUCGUUGCUAGAGAUGGGCGCAUGUGAGCGCGCUAUGUACAAGAAUAGUGGCUGGUAGCUAGAAGCAAAUCAAGCUGCAGAGAGGAGCACAGAGUCAAUGAUAACUUCGUACUGAGUAAA